AAGCUGAAUUCCUUCGUAAUAUAUCACCAAUUGGAAUGACAUCAUACGGAAGCAUCGGUCGUUGUGGCGUUGAACAAUAGGAACAGUGAUGUUUUAUUUGUUUGUUUGAGGGACACGACCGUCCCCUUCCUCUACCGCCUUCGUUUCAAUCGGAUGACGUCGCGAGCCAGCUCCGGAGCUCGAGCCACUUGCAUUGUUUCCCACGUACUGGAUUACGACCUUUUUGUCGCACCGCUACAGUUGCCGCCGCCGCCACUUGACAAGUAUAUUGGCCACCCGCCGUGUGCUUCGUCCUUUUCGAGCUCAAGCUCAUGCUGGAUUGGGUGUCACCCGCCGAGUUGUCCAUAUACCGAACCAUAUUCCAAGUAUUGACAUACUUGAAGGCCCUCACGCCGAUGUCUGUUGGAAGAUCAUCAUAGCCGACUUUAGAAUGUCGGCUUCAUCCGCUCUUCUUUGGUACCAUUGUUCUUCAUUCCUGUAGACGCCGCAUAAUUUUUUGAAGUCUUUGUCCACCGGCUCGAAAUGACUGCGGAGCAUCUUCAAACUGCGGCGGUGAGUUCCUCUUGGCCGAGCGUUGUUGUAGUUUUCAAGCACCCUCGCCCAAAAAACAUUCUGGAUUUGUUGGGUGCCAACGAUUAGAUGACGACCCACACUUCGAACAAUUUCUCCGUCUCGGCCAGAGUGUAGGGAUGACGGGCACCGACCUUGUAUUGGCCACCGAUCUUUGAAUUUUCCUCCAGUUGGUCCUCCUUGAUUUGGGACAACGAUUGCGUCGACCCAUAAGACCCGUGCUGAAAAUGUGACAUGGAGGAUCAGUAGAUUUCCUCAGUUGGAGGACGCGCCUUUGGUAGGCGAGCGUCGACGAGCCUUGGGUGUUAGAAAUUUUGUCGACCCAUAAGACCCAAUGGGGGAGCUCAUGGUUGAAAAACAUAUCAAAUAUAUCGUAUCAAUUGAAAAGAAAAAGGAUGAUUUUGCGUCUGUGGCUAUGGAGCACCUGAGGUUGAAUGGCGCUUAUUGGGGAUUGACUACUCUGGAUGUUUUAGGAAAGCUUGAUGCAGUGGAUCAGGAUGAGGCCGUUUCUUGGAUCAUGGAAUGUCAGGAUCAAUCUGGUGGUUUUGGUGGUAAUAUAGGGCAUGAUCCUCACCUGCUCUACACAUUAAGUGCCAUUCAGGUUUUAACACUAUUUGACAAGAUAGAUGUUCUUGAUAUUGAGAAGGUUGCCAAUUAUAUUGCAAGCUUACAGAAUGCAGAUGGAUCAUUUUCCGGUGACAUUUGGGGUGAAGUGGAUACCAGGUUUUCGUAUAUUGCAAUAUGCUCUCUCGCAUUACUACAGCGUUUGGAUAAAAUAAAUGUAGAAAAAGCUGUAGCGUACAUUGUAAGUUGCAAGAAUUUAGAUGGUGGAUUUGGAUGCACACCUGGAGCAGAAUCUCAUGCAGGACAAAUUUUCUGUUGUGUGGGAGCUCUUGCUAUCACUGGUUCUCUAGAUCAUGUUGACAAGGAUCUUCUUGGAUGGUGGUUAUGUGAACGACAAGUAAAAUCCGGAGGUUUAAACGGACGCCCUGAGAAGCUUCCCGAUGUAUGCUACUCGUGGUGGGUUCUUAGUAGUUUGAUUAUGAUUGAUAGAGUUCACUGGAUUGACAAGAAGAAGCUCGCUGAUUUCAUCUUGGAUUGCCAGGAUAAAGAGAACGGUGGAAUCUCAGACAGAUCCGAUGAUGCUGUCGAUGUCUUCCACACCUAUUUUGGUGUUGCUGGUCUUUCGCUUCUUGAAUAUCCCGAACUCAAAGCUAUAGAUCCAGCUUAUGCAUUGCCCGUGGAUGUUGUAAACAAAAUUUUCCUCACCACCUGAAAACUCUAGUUGAUCAAUAGAUUUGUAGUGCUACAUAUGCUUCUCUUUGGCUAUAUAUGAAUUAUUGACUACUCAGAAA